AAUUUUUUCAAAAAAUAAUAAUACAUAUUUUUUCUUUAAUUGCAGAUGAAGCAGUCAAUGGUAUAGGUGGUAAAAGGAUGACAUUCACAUCAUCUCAAGAGAGCGAAAAAUCAGCAGAAAAGAAGGAACGGAGAAAACUUUCGUUGUCUUUAAAAAAGACUGAUCUACCACCACCAUCUCCGCGACAGCAGCCAUCACCACAGCCUCUCUAUCAUGCAGAUCAGCCGAUGCCACUUCAGCAUCAAGCAGAUCAACCGAUGCCACUUCAGCAUCAACAAGAACAGCAAAUGCCACUACAGCAACGAGCACGACCGCGUAUAUUGCAAGACGAAAUGCUCAACGAUCCGCUUAUCGUGUUCGAUAAGAAAGCAAAUAUGCGAAAAAUCUGA